AUGAGGGAGAUCAUCAGCAUCCACAUCGGCCAGGCCGGGAUCCAGGUCGGCAACGCCUGCUGGGAGCUCUACUGCCUCGAGCACGGCAUCCAGCAGGAUGGCACCAUGCCCAGUGAUACCACGGUCGGGGUUGCACACGAUGCGUUCAACACGUUCUUCAGUGAGACCGGUGCGGGCAAGCAUGUGCCGAGGGCCAUCUUUGUCGACCUUGAGCCCACUGUCAUCGAUGAGGUGCGCACCGGUGCGUACCGCCAGCUCUUCCACCCGGAGCAGCUCAUCUCUGGCAAGGAGGAUGCCGCUAACAACUUCGCCCGUGGCCACUACACUGUUGGAAAGGAGAUUGUAGAUCUAUGUCUGGAUCGUGUACGCAAAUUGGCAGACAAUUGCACCGGGCUGCAGGGAUUCUUGGUGUUCAAUGCUGUCGGUGGUGGAACUGGAUCAGGACUGGGCUCUCUGUUGUUGGAGCGCCUCUCGGUUGAUUAUGGCAAGAAAUCUAAGCUUGGUUUCACCAUUUACCCUUCCCCGCAGGUCUCGACAGCUGUUGUGGAACCAUACAACAGUGUCCUCUCCACUCACUCUUUGCUUGAGCACACCGACGUUGCGGUCCUCCUAGAUAACGAGGCUAUCUAUGACAUAUGCCGGAGGUCUCUUGACAUCGAGAGGCCAACCUACACCAACUUGAACAGGCUGAUAUCACAGAUCAUAUCCUCACUUACCACCUCGCUGAGGUUCGAUGGUGCCAUCAAUGUGGAUGUCACAGAGUUCCAGACCAACCUCGUCCCUUACCCACGUAUCCAUUUCAUGCUUUCGUCGUAUGCCCCUGUUAUCUCUGCCGAGAAGGCUUACCAUGAGCAGCUCUCUGUGCCUGAAAUCACCAAUGCUGUCUUUGAGCCCUCAAGCAUGAUGGCCAAGUGUGACCCUAGGCAUGGCAAAUAUAUGGCCUGCUGCUUGAUGUACCGUGGUGAUGUUGUUCCCAAGGACGUCAAUGCCGCAGUCGCAACCAUCAAAACCAAGAGAACUGUCCAGUUCGUCGACUGGUGCCCUACCGGGUUCAAGUGUGGCAUCAACUACCAGCCACCCUCCGUUGUCCCCGGCGGCGACCUGGCAAAGGUUCAGCGGGCCGUGUGCAUGAUCAGCAACAACACUGCCGUUGCCGAAGUGUUCUCGCGCAUCGACCACAAGUUCGACUUGAUGUACGCCAAGCGCGCGUUCGUGCACUGGUACGUCGGCGAGGGCAUGGAGGAAGGUGAGUUCUCGGAGGCCCGUGAGGACUUGGCCGCUCUCGAGAAGGACUACGAGGAGGUUGGCGCCGAAGGCGCAGACGAUGAGGGCGACGAGGGGGAUGACUACUAA